AUGGUGGUCGGGUCGACAAUUGGGACGCUGGGCAGCGUCUCUGCCGGGGUUACGGUGGCAAACUGUUCAUCACCACCAACCCGGCCGACGUGCGGUGGCUCCAGAACUUCACAGGUGGCUUUGCGCAGCAGCUGGCAGUGGGCCGAGUACCCGGAGAUGUACGAGGUGCAGCAAACAUUCUGGAAGCAAGGCGAACCGAAUAUCUAUCCGAAUUACGACGAUGUUUGCGUGGCGAUGUCGAAAUCGAGUCCUGAGUGGAUCUCCUCGCUUUGUAGCGCCGUGAAUUUGAUCGUUUGUGCGCGAGAUGUGCAGCAUGACAAAUCCCCGGUGUUCUGCGCCUCCAACGAGCAGCAGCAACGAGAAUUGAGCUGCACCCAGGGCACCACGAUCACAAUCGAUUACGCGAGCUAUGGGAGUACGACCGGGACCACCUGCAACGGACAGGCAAGGCGAUACGACUGCGAAAAUGUGCAUUCACUGCAAACCAUCGUCAAUUUCUCCCAAUGCCGUGCGCUCAACUACACGCCCUCGGCCGCCCAGCUCCAAGUCGUCGACUUGCCCUGCCAGAAUUCGGCUUCGUGGAUCUGCUCGUCUGCUCCCUCUUCAGCUACCAUCAUCCGUCCCCUCCAGCGCUACAACAGCACCGACACCACCCGGCCUACCGUAGCCCCGCCCAAACGUGAAGAGGCCACCGAGUCAGCAUUUCCCGAUAUAUGGUGCCCGGCCACGAAGUGGAAAUCCCUGGAAUUCCAGCGGACGCGUGCCUGUCAGACGGCCACCGUAAACUGUCCGGAUCCGGAAAAUGUGAUCGGCACCGUCACCUGGCGCUGCGACUGUGAGACCGGAAAAUGGGUUGGCACACAGCCAAAUACGACCGGAUGCACGCAUAAAUGGGUUGGCGAGCUGCGCACUCGCGUCCAAAAUGGCGACCCUGCCGAGCAGCUGUCCACCUCGCUUAAUGAGCAGCUUGGGAUAACCUUGAAAAGCCAGCUGUAUGGCGGCGACAUCACCGGAUCUGUUGGGGCGAGCGCUGACAUGGUAGCCCUGGCUCGGAGCCAAUUUGCUCAACUCUUCGAUACUGCCGAAAAACAGUCCCGGAGCGCCAACUUUACGAAGAAUCUCGGCGGGGCUGGAGAUCACCUAUUUUCAAGCCCGGCGCAACUCGUCUGGUCAGGGUUGGACCCAGAAGAGAAGGUAUCUAUCGCCGCCAAGCUGAUGUCAGUUCUUCAAGAUUCAUCCCUACUAUGGGCCGACUACUUUUCGAAGUCUGAAGAGGACCUGAAAUACACGGAAUGGGAAAGCUCCAUCUCCAAGACGCAACAAUCCGUGAUGCAGUCCCCGAUGGUGGCGAUGAGCCCGGCGGCGUUUUCAGGAGCUGCAGAUGCUGCCGCGACGCCUACCGUGGAUGACGGAUCCAUCAAGGUUGCCUACUUCAUCUUCACGGCCCUGGGAGACCUGCUGGUGAGCAGCGAGCACGAAGUCAUCAACUCCCAAGUGAUUGGAGCGGCUGUGAAUGAUGCGCAACGUUCCGUUCCGCUGGAGAACAACGCGACAUUCCACUUUCCGCAUCUCCGCAGCGAUGGCGUGAGCAACGCCAGAUGCGUCUACUGGGACAUCCAUCGGGGGGCCUGGAGCCAAGACGGGUGCUUCUUGGUCUCGACUUCGGCCACCGAGACGACUUGCAGCUGUAACCAUUUGACGAGCUUUGCCAUCUUGAUGGACGUUUCUGGAAACGCGCUCGACGUCGUCUCAUCCAUCGGAUGCGCCUUUUCGAUCGUUUGCCUGGCGCUCUCCCUGCUGGUCUUCACUUGCUUCAGGUCCCUGUAUGGCCUGAGGAACACGAUCCACCGGAAUUUGUGUCUCUGCCUGCUGAUCGGAAAUCUCGUCUUUGUCAUUGGGAUCGAUAGAACCGGAAACAAGACGGGGUGCUCGGUGGUUGCCUUAAUCCUUCACUACUUCUUCUUGGCCGCCUUCUUCUGGAUGCUUAUCGAGGGCUACCAGCUCUACAUGAUGCUCAUUCAAGUGUUCGAGCCCUCGAACCGACGGAUGAUUCUGAUGGUAUGCCUGGCUUACGGGACCCCGCUGGUUAUCGUGAUCAUCUCGGCGGCGGUGCGGUGGAAGGACUAUGGAACGGAUUCCUACUGUUGGAUCAACACAGCCUCUCCAACCAUCUGGGCUUUUGUCGCUCCAGUAAUCGUCGUCAUUGCGGCCAACAUCGGCUUCCUGCUCAUCGCCCUCCGCGUCGUGCUCUCGGUUCGUCGAUCUGACAAGCCGCGCUCGCAACGAGUUUUUGGAUGGCUUAAGGGCUCCGCCACGCUACUCUGCCUGCUCGGCAUCACAUGGCUUUUCGGCUUCUUGACCGCAGUGAAGGGCUCCGGCUCAACCCUCGCCUUCGCCUGGAUCUUCACCAUCCUCAACUGCACGCAGGGCGUGUUCAUCUUCGUCCUCCACGUGCUGCUCAACGACAAAGUUCGAGCCGUUAUUGGAAAAUGGCUGCGCUCCGGCUCCUCCUCGGCAGCUGCAGACUACAACAGUCGCACUUGGUUCAGCAGCGGACAGAGGGUGAUCAACAUGUUGCGCGGGAAUACCACGCCCAACACCGCGUCCACCGACGACACGAAGGCAGGGGUUGUUGGCUCGUCAUCAGCCACGUUAUCCCCGGGAAAAACCGACGAACUGCUCCGCCGGCUCUCUGCUUCCGCCUCGGAUAGUCUACGCGACAAGGGCAUGGCUUACCGCCCAUCCCGGGACGCGGCCCCGAAGCCCAUCGUACUGGCCAGCCGGGUGGACGGGAUUGAGAAGAGUAGCAGCACCGACACUUCGGAUCCAAGAGUCUCCGUCGAACUUGACGCCGACCUUCCCGCUGACACCCGGCCUCCAGUUCAGCGCCGAAAAUUCCCGCUCGGGGCCCACCCGAGCGAGCGCGGUUCCAAGGGCCACUACGGGCCCAAAUUCCGAAAUUCCCGUGAAGUCAACGACGUCGAUGAGGCGGCAACGACAGCGCCAAGCUCAGCUGAAUCGGCCUUUGCGCUUGCGAGUCGGUCAUCUACUUAUAUUGAUCAUUUC